UCAUAAUGGCUAAAUUACAUAAUCUUUCAUGUUUGUCACUCGAAUCACUUUUCUUUCUUAUUUGCCAUUAAAUUUACGAAUUGUUUCACCGUUAGUCACCGACUGUCAAUCUCUAUUAACUCUGUCAGUUUAUUGAUGACGUGACAAACUGAAAUGCUGACUGGAUUGUUAACUUAAUGACAUGUCAAUUUUUUGAUUAAAAAAAAGAAAUAAUUAAUCAACACCCAUCCUCAUCCUCUCGCCUCGCACCUUGCGAGCUGCUUCCGCUGUGGGCUUCGACUCGUCGAUGAUCUCCCCAUCGAUUUUUGCAAUUGCCGCAGCGUCCUCGUCUGCGAGCUCUCUGUCCCAGCUGUUUCCUCUAAUCCAGUCUCCAUUUGAGUCUUCGGCUCAAUCACUACUGAUUCCACAGCCGCAACAGCUGGAGAUCGUCUCUGCUUGCGAUUCUGAAGGUGAUCAGUCCUUCAGCCGCACCGCUAGAUCGUCUUCGGCACUAAGUUCCUCCUUUCCAAAUUGAUUUGAGACUUUUGAUCCCCGCCAUUGUUGCAAUGACAAAACUUUGAAACAUGCAAUUACCAUCUUCCACGCAAAGGAUCAUCCACCACCGGUACCAAUCUUCACCCAUCCUUCCAUCGAUUUCAACGCUUCUCUAACGUGUUUUAUUGUCUGAAUCAAAAUUCCCAUCUUCGGGCUUCGAUAACCAUGUCGCGCGCAGACAAUCGUGACUCCCCUUUUUUUCUCCCUCUAGACUGACAUUCAGUCCAAGGCAGCAUCAAUUAAUCGAUUGAGAAAAAUUACUGUACAAACUUGGAGCUUGAAGAGAGUUGUACUGGCACAUCUGCAGGAGAUACAAAGAGGCAAACUGGUCGACAUAUUUGAGGGUUAGGACGAGAGGUGAUUGGAGUCGACACAUCAAUGGUAAGAAGAGAGCAUGCAACAACAGAUUCAACAUCUUUGCUCUGCCGAUGUGAGUGAAAUACUCUGAGCUGGUUUCGCUGAGCAACAUGACAGUCUAUCCAAUCGAUGAUAGGGUGGGGGCUGGGCAAAGGAGGGAAAAGGAAGACAUAAUUAAUUAUUAUCGGCGCUGUAUUCAAUUUAGCGUUUGGGCAAGAGGAAGAAUGUUACACCACGAUCCCCUUAUGGAAAUUUGUGGAAAUUCCAUCAUAAUAUCGACGAGGACAAAAAAAUACGAACUCUCAGUUAUGGAUGUUAGUUGAGUUUCGGAUUAAACGCACCCUUAGGAUAAAACCCGGGCUAGGGGUUAACCAAAACCCAGACCCAACCCUAAUCCCAUUCCUUAUGUGGUCUCAUCAGCACAAAAGCGCCCGCCCACGAUCCUUUCUCCCUGAUUCCUCUUCUGUCGCGAGAUGGACUUUGCCUAAGCACGCAGGAGUUGGAACUCAUCAGCGCAGGGGGAACUCAUCGGCCCUCUCCGAUUUCACUGUCCGCCAGAAGAUGUGCUUAAGCAGGAGGCGGGAACUCAUCAGCACUCCAUGAUUUCGCUCUCUACUAUGGGACGUGCUUGCCUAAGCACGCAGGAGGCGAGAUGGGGAACAACGGCGCGCAGACGAAGGCGGAGGAGAUGUAAGCAGGUGCGUGGCUCGGCCUGGGGCUUGCGUCGAAAGAGAUCGGUGGCGUAUGAGACUCUUGGGGAAAAAGUGGGUUACAUCUCAAUGGUUGAUUGUUUAGCCGCCAACGGAUCCACGAGAUGAUGAAUGGAGUGCGAAUCACUUGACUCCUAUUCCGCCUUCUUAACUCCGUGGAGUUCCAGGAUCAACCAAUUCUCCAACGACCGGUGAAUGGAAGUGAGGGGACGAAGCAACUACUCAAUAACCAACGAAAUUUAUCUGGCAAAACGAACAGGGGACAGAGAGAGAUAUGGAUGGCGUUGUCUACUACGACAGCUGCUUGCUUAGUGGAGCUAACCGUUGGAGCAUGCAGGAGAAGCAGUUGGAAGGGAGAUGGGUCACAAUUCAGAUCCUAGUUCAUUAUAGCUGGCAGAGGAGAAUCAAUACAAUGGUGCAGCGGGAUGACUUUUGGGACGUGGUUGCUUGGCAUUAGGACACGUCGCCCUUGUCAUGGUGGGGUUGUUUCCGAGCAGUCAGGUGAUGAUCAAGUGAAGGGAAAUUGAUUCCUAUAGUUGAUUCAAUUCAAUCCGCUUCGACGUAAGGUGAGUGUAAAGGGGGUAAAUUCUACGCCUUACGGUUUUUCAAAUAUUUGCCUUGAGUAUUUUCAAGUAUCGAUUUACGUUAUGUAUGUGUAGUGUUUGAUUCAUGUUUGAGAUUGCAUGAUUAUGUUUGAUAGUAUGUGCUUUGGUUGAGGUAUGAUUUGAAGUGAAGGUGUUUGAGUUUAUCUCUUACUUUGAAGUUUACGUGUAUGAGUGCUUGUUAAAGCUUAAGAACAAGUCCUUUUAAGAAGUACUUCACCUUCGAAGAAGGUGAAAUCGUUUUAAGUGUUUUUAGUCACUAGCGCCAGUCCGUUGCCAUCUGAUAUUUUCAGAUAGAGCAGCAGUUAUGCUCUUGAGAUCUUUGAGACAGAGAAGCAGUUAUGCUCUUGAGAUCUUUGAGACAGAGCAGCAGUUAUGCUAUUGAGAAUCGUGGAAGAAGAGUCUUCCACAAUAAGUUUAAGUUUAAGGAAAGCUUUGAUGGCUUCUCAUACGUAUAAGUUGGCAACCGGACUAGCUAGUGAGGGAUCCCCGUGUCAGUCAAAUAUUUAAGUCGAGAUUUGAGCUUUAAGAAUGGAGAGUAAUAGUUACUCCCAUAUAGUUUUAAGAGUUAAGAUUUUUAAGAAUGGAAGUACAAACAACUUCCCUCAGUUUGAGUUUAAGUGUUUGAGAAGAAGUGCAAAAUUAUUAGAAAGUUUAAAACGUAAGGGAGUAGACUGACCCCAACUCACUCACCAGGCCUUAGUAAAGGAAUGAGCGAGAACCAGAUCGAUAGCAACUAGCUAGAAGGGAAGUUAGAGAGCAGCGAGAUCGAGGGAACCGUUCGAGGCAAGCCAGCUAGAGGAGGAUAGUACAAGCGUCACUGAAGGUGCCAGAGAUCGAAUCCGAGCAUAUAACAAAGUAGAGUUUUAGUUAUUUCUUUACGUUUAUGAGUAUAGACUGGGGAUUCAUAUUAAUAUGCUAUGGUUGAGGUUUGCGCAAGUGUUAGGGCUUGCUCUUAAGAGAUUUCAGUUUACUUCAGCAAACGUUAAAGUUAUUUAUGAAAAGUUUUGCUAUUUUUCUAACUCUUUUCAGUUCUUAUUUUGGUUUACGAUUUAUCAAGGGUAUUUUGGUAAAGUUAGUGUCCGGCCGGACUAGGGUGUUAUAAAGAAGAACAACGACGGAGGAAAAAGAAGAAGAUUAGAAGCGGCGAGGAAGAGCAAGUCGGAGAAGACAGAGGGAAAAGGGUUCUCUCGAUGCUGCUAAGAAAAUUAUUAUUAAUUAAUAAAGGAAAAAAUGAAUU